UCUAUCUCUCAGUCCCACACACGCAUGCACACACACACACACACACGCAUGCACACGAGCUGAGACGGGACAGACAUGCACUAUGGCAGUGACUGAGCGAGGAUUAUUUAUACAGUGUAUACAUUAGAAGUAGAUUUCUUGUCCGGACCUCAUGAGAUGCAGGUGUUCAGUCAUGGAUUUGAGGUCGUUGUUCUUGCUGCUGCUGCUGGUUCAGUUUUCCGCUGAGGGUGCUGCGAAAGAAGGCGGCAAACCCAAGAAAGGCAAGAAAGGCAAAAAACCUGUCGUCUGUCCUUCCCAAUUGUCAGCCGAAGACCUCGAUCGAGUUCCUGCUAAUUCAACCAGUAACAUCCUCAACCGCCUGCUAGUGACUUACGACUCCCGAAUUCGCCCCAACUUCCAAGGCAUUCCAGUGGAGGAUAAGGUGAACAUUUUUAUCAACAGCUUUGGAUCAAUUCAAGAGACCACAAUGGACUACCGCGUGAACAUUUUCCUGCGGCAGCGCUGGAACGACCCGAGGUUGCGCUUGCCGACAGACUUCAAGUCGGACGCGCUGACGGUGGAUCCCAAAAUGUUCCAGUGCCUGUGGAAGCCUGAUCUGUUCUUCGCCAACGAGAAGAACGCCAACUUCCACGACGUGACGCAGGAGAACAUCUUGCUUUUCAUCUUCCGCAACGGGGACGUGCUCAUCAGCAUGAGGUUGUCAGUGACUCUAUCCUGUCCUCUGGAUCUGACCCUCUUUCCCAUGGACACACAACUUUGCAAGAUGCAACUAGAGAGCUAUGGCUACACCACAAAGGACCUGGUGUUCAUGUGGCAGUCUGGUGACCCAGUUCAGAUGGAUGAGAUCGCUCUGCCACAGUUUGAUGUCAAGCAAGAGGACAUCGCUUAUAGGAACUGCACCAAAUUCUACCCUGGAACAGGUUAUUAUACGUGUGUGGAGGUGAUCUUCACUCUCAGGAGACAGGUCGGCUUCUACAUGAUGGGUGUCUACGCUCCUACGCUCCUCAUCGUGGUCCUGUCAUGGCUGUCUUUCUGGAUUAACCCAGACGCCAGCGCAGCCCGGGUUCCUUUAGGUAUCCUGUCUGUCCUGUCGCUCACCUCUGAAUGCACGUCUCUGGCAUCUGAGCUGCCGAAAGUCUCUUACAUGAAGGCCAUUGAUAUCUGGAUGAUCGCCUGCCUGCUGUUUGGCUUUGCCUCGCUGGUGGAAUAUGCCGUGGUUCAGGUGAUGCUGAACAGUCCCAAACAGAUAGAGGCGGAGAAGAUCAGGAUGGCGCAGAAGGAGAAGGAGAAGGCGGAGAAAGAGAAGGAGAAAGAGAAGGAAGGGAAGGCGCCGUCCAAGGCCAACUCCAUCAACGGGACCGGAGGGACCCCGAUUCACGUUAACACGCUGCAGGUGGUCGAAACCCGUUGUAAGAAGGUGUGCACCUCGAAAUCGGACCUGCGCUCCAACGACUUCAGUAUCGUCGGCUCUCUGCCGCGCGACUUCGAGCUUUCCAACUUUGACUGCUACGGGAAGCCCAUCGAGUCCACGAACGCGCUGCUCAAAUCACAGAACAAGAACGCCAAGAAGCCGGCGCCUCCCAAACCCGUCAUCCCUUCCGCCGCCAAGCGCGUCGACCUGUACGCUCGCGCCCUCUUCCCAUUCUCCUUCCUGUUUUUCAAUGUCAUCUACUGGUCUGUUUACCUGUGAGCAUCUCAAAGUGUGUGUAUAUGUGUGUAUGUGUGUGUGCGAGAAAGAUUUUCAGCAUGCAUGACUGCCAAGACAAGGUUUCCAGCAUGCACCUUCCAGUGUUUGCCAUUUCCACCUGAUAACGAAGCUGAAGCGUCACUCACUAUUCGCGGUUGCCGAUGUGGCAAAAACAAUCACGUCCAAAUAAGAUGAACAGUUUAACAUCCCUAAAACACUUAUUUAAUUGCCCUAAAAAAAGGUGGGCUGUUUGCUGGGACUAGCAAGUAUGAAAUUUUAACUGAUUCUCCAGUAGGGCAUAGUAAACGGUAAUGUCCAAAAUUAUUGGAACACCCCAAAUUAAGGACAAAAAAAAAUUAUAAAUCUGAAAAUCAGCAAAUCAGAAAAGUAACAUACUGUAAAGAACUGAAUUUAUACAUCCAGUCAGCUACAAAAGUACGGUCAUGUCAUAGUGAUAAAGAACCACUUAUGUUAGCGUCACUUCCAGGCUUCAACAGUGUCAAUUGUAGCACUUUGAAAAAAAAAGUAACCUGGGUGCAUGACUUUGCGAAGUUAAAUAUUCUAAAAUGGAAAGCCCCGAGUUGUUUCUAACAGCAUUAAGACCAUUCUAAGUCGCGCGCAGGUGUGUGUGUGUGUUCAGACCAUUUUUUUUUCCCAGAGCCUGUGUACUGACCCGAAUUUCUUCGAAACAAUGUGUUACCCCAUAUACUAAAAUGCAGACUGGGCAUUUCUGUGGCUUAUUAUUAACGCGAAGGUUUUUUUUUUCCCCCUCUGCUGAGCUGGUUAUGUUCUGCAUGUUCCCAAAAGGCUGUGUGUUUUGUAGGAGUGUGUAUAAAAUGGAGACGCUGUUAUAAUAAAGAGCUUCGUUCAUCA